AUGACUGACCCUUCCGAAGAAGCUGCUUACAUCGAAAAGCUCUAUGAAUACGGCGAGCAACUCAAUAGUGCCAAAGACAAAUCUCAGAACGUCAAGGAUUAUCAGGGAAUCAUAGAUGCAGCUAAGACUAGUGUUAAGGCGAAGCAGCUCGCCGCACAGCUCAUUCCGAAGUUUUUUAAGUUCUUCCCUGAACUCUCUGGUCCAGCACUUGAUGCUCAUCUUGAUUUGGUUGAGGCUGAAGAACUUGGGGUGCGGGUGCAAGCGAUAAGAGGAUUGCCUCUUUUCUGCAAGGAUACACCUGAGAAUAUUGGAAAAAUGGUUGAUAUUCUUGUGCAAAUUCUUGGGUCUGAGGAAUUUGUGGAGCGUGAUGCUGUGCACAAGGCUCUUAUGUCUCUGUUAAGGCAGGAUGUGAAAGCUUCUUUGACAGCUUUGUUUAAGCACAUUCGUGGCAGUGAUGAAGAGCCAAAUACGGAUGAUGUUAUUCGUGAAAAGGUUAUAAACUUUGUUAGAGAUAAGGUCUUCCCUAUUAAAGCUGAAUUGUUGAAGCCGCAAGAGGAAAUGGAAAGACACAUAACCGAUCUAAUAAAAAAUAGUUUAGAAGAUGUAACCGGUAUAGAAUUUCGAAUGUUUAUGGAUUUCUUGAAGAGUUUGAGCCUAUUUGGAGAAAAGGCUCCAGCUGAGCGGAUGAAAGAGCUGAUUGAAAUCAUUGAAGGACAAGCUGAUUUAGGUUCACCGUUCAAUGUUGCUGAUGCAGGUCAUACAGAUCAUAUUGAUAGAUUGAUAUCAUGUCUUCACAUGGCACUUCCAAUUGUCAUGAGGGGUGCAUCUAGCAGCAAAUUUAUUAACUUCAUAAACAGUUAUAUAAUUCCUGUUUUUGACCAGCUUCCUGGAGAACGAAAAGUAGAUUUGCUCAGAAACCUCGCAGAGUUCUCACCUUUCACAACACCACAAGAUUCACGGCAAAUGCUUCCUUCUAUUGUUCAGUUGCUGAAGAAAUACAUGACUUGGAAGAAGACCGGAGAAGAGAUGAAUUUUACAUAUGUUGAGUGCUUGUUGUACACAUUUCAUCACCUUGCUCACAAGGUUCCGAAUGCCACCAAUAGUUUAUGUGGUUACAAAAUUGUUACUGGUCAGCCAUCUGAUAGGCUUGGAGAAGACUUUUCAGAACAUUAUUCUGAUUUUACUGAGAGAUUGAAAAACGUUGAGGAGUUCACCCGGGCUACAAUCAAGAAAUUAACUCAAGGAAUGGCUGAAAACAACAAAUCUAUGGCAAAUGCUAAAACUGAUGAAGAAAAGGAAAAAAUUAAAACUAAAAAACAGAACGCCACAACUGGGUUGCGUACCUGCAAUAAUAUUUUGACGAUGACGAAGCCAUUGCACGCCAAAGCACCUUCUUUUAUUGGAGAUAAGAGAAUCAACCUUUCCUGGAAAGAAGCACCCAAAUCCGCGUCAACUACCGUACAAGCUGUUGGAGCAAAACGGCCUGCUACCACAGGCAAUGGAUCCAACAAUAUUGCAUUGAAGAAGGGCCGAGGUUCUGGUGGCGUGCAAAACCAACUUGUCGAUAGAGCGAUAGGCGGAUUAUCUGGUGGAGGAAGAGGCAUAUUAUCUGGUGGAGGGAGAGGCAGAGUAUCUGGUGGAGGGAGGGGUGGAACAAGGGGCCGAGGCUGGGGUGGUCGUGGGAGAGGAAGUGGAAGAGGUAGAGGUAGAGGGUAUUGGUGA